GAUAACUCCAUCUUAUUGUGAGAGCAGAGCAAUUUGUCCUCUUCUAGUUAAAAAAGAGCAAAUUCUUCAAUGGCAGGGACUAGCAAUAGCAACGUUCUGAUCAUCGGAGGCACCGGUUACAUCGGAAAGUUCAUCGUUGAAGCAAGUGCCAAUGCUGGCCACCCAACCUUCGUUCUGGUCCGGGAGUCUACUCUUUCCAAUCCCGCUAAAUCAUCCAUCAUCGACAAAUUCAAGAACCUGGGUGUCAAUUUUGUUAUUGGAGAUCUAUAUGAUCAUCAGAGUUUGGUGAAGGCCAUAAAAGAGGUUGAUGUGGUAAUCUCUACAGUAGGACACUUUCAGCUAGCUGAUCAAGAUAAGAUCAUUUCUGCCAUUAAAGAAGCAGCAAAUGUUAAGAGGUUCUUUCCUUCGGAGUUUGGAAAUGAUGUGGACCGGGUUCAUGCAGUUGAACCAGCAAAGACUGCAUUUGCCACUAAGGCCAAAAUUCGCCGAACCAUUGAAGCAGAAGGAAUUCCCCAUACUUAUGUGUCAAGCAACUUCUUUUCUGGUUGGUUCCUACCCAAUUUGUCACAACCUGGAGCUACAGCUGCCCCGAGAGAUAAAGUUGUUAUCUUGGGAGAUGGAAACCCCAAAGCUGUUUAUAACAGGGAGGAGGAUAUUGCUACUUAUACUAUCAAAUCUGUUGAUGAUCCAAGAACCUUGAACAAAAUUCUCUACAUCAGACCACCAGCUAAUACCUUAUCGUUUAAUGACUUGGUAUCUCUUUGGGAGAAGAAGAUCGGUAAAACUGUUGAAAGAAUCUAUGUAUCAGAGGAACAACUCCUGAAGCAAAUUCAAGAGGCCUCACCACGCUUAAAUGUGAUCCUGUCGAUUGGUCACUCUGUCUAUGUAAAGGGGGAUCACACUAACUUUGAAAUUGAGCCAGCAUUUGGUGUCGAAGCUUCAGCACUCUAUCCUGAUGUGAAAUAUACCACUGUGGAGGAGUACGUUGACCAGUUUGUCCGUUGAUAUAUCCUCUUGGUAAAACUUAAUUUUCUAACUAAAUAAAACAAUCUAGUAGCACUUCCUUGUUGAGCUGUGCUACUUAGGAACUAUGUAUGAGUUAGAAACCUAUGCUACGUAUGCUUUGAUAGUUUUAUUCCGUGCCUGUUUAAGUUAUCAAUUUCAAUUUUUACUUUCCUUUACUUCUAUGAAAA